AUGCGAACCAUCUAUUGGAGACCACCACCGAUAGGACACCUGAAGCUCAAUGUGGACGGGGCAGCACGUGGGAACCAUGGACCUACAAGGGGAGGAGGUAUCUUACGAAACCAUACAUGGAGUAUUAUCUUUGCCUUUUCCCACUAUUAUGAUGUUCAGACUAACACAGCAGUGGAGGCUAUGGCGAUUCACGAUGGUUUGCUCCUCUGUGAGGAACACAAACUUCAUGGUAUCGUCCUAGAAUCCGACUCUAGAGUGUUAGUUGAAAUGUUGCGUGCAGGUACUUGCUCCCAUUGGCAACUCAAGAGCACUUGGAUGGAUAUCAUGCGUUGUCGUGUGAGGAUCAGCACCAUCACACACCAGCUACGCAAGGGGAAUCAGACUGCAGAUGUGCUUGCUACACAUGCAGUAUGCACCCGUCUAAGAUCUGUUUUCACCUCUUUGCAGGAUAUGCCUGUAGAAGCUCGAGGUAGACACCGCUUAGAGUGA